AUGACACAAUUGACCAAUCUUGACAUUAGUUGCAAUAACAAAUUUAAUGGAACUCCUUUAGCAGAAAUCAUUAGUAGAAUGACAAAUCUGAAAGAACUUGCUUUCAGAUUUAGUGGUUUGGAUAGGGAAGGACUAUUAUGGAUAUUGGAAAUGAAACAAUUAACUAGUCUUGAUAUUUAUGGACAUUUAUUUGAUUCGAAUGUGGAAGAAUUAAUUUAUAAUAAUCUGAAACAAUUAGUAAAGCUCAAUAUUAAGGAAAAACCACCAUUGAAUGAGCAUGUCAUUCCUCUAAAUUAUUCCUUUUCAUGGUAA